AUGUUCUCUGACACUUAAGUCUUUGUUCUUCUUCGCAACCAAUCACUAACUGCCUCUCUUCUUCCUUUUCAAAAAUGUCGCCAUCGUUUUGCUCCGGCCGUUUCUCCGUCGCUCUCUUCCUCGUUAUCUCCGCCGUUCCCAUAGCUUACCUCAUUUGCCUAGAGCGAGCCGCUCCCUCGACGCACGUCUUCUCAUACCACAGCUCAGGCUUCUUCCGCGAGUGUGCUAAAUGGGACGGCAUAGGUCGGAGAUUCCUCGUCUCCUUCAUGGACGGAGGCGGAAUCGGAGAGCUUGUUCCUCCUAGAGACGGUAACACCGACGUUCUCCAAGAAGUCACUGUAGUCAAAGACCUUGACCUCGCCGGAAACGCUUCUCUGGGAAUCGCUAUCGACCGAGACAGGAACCGUCUCCUCGUCGCUGUCGCCGAUUUGCUUGGAAACCGCUACAGCGCUUUAGCUGCCUAUGAUAUGUCCACGUGGCGUCGUGUCUUCCUCGCUGAGCUCAGCGGCCAGAGUAAGGAGAAAUCAUUUGCGGACGAUGUAGCUAUUGAUGCACGUGGCAAUGCUUAUGUUACGGAUGCGAAAGGCAGUAAAAUAUGGAAAGUUGAUGUCAAUGGAGAGCUUGUGUCGACCAUUGAGAGCCCUCUCUUCACUCCACCUGGAUGGUUCAAUAACCUCGUCGCUCUUAACGGCAUUGUUUAUCACCCUGACGGUUUCCUCAUCGUCAUCCACACUUUCUCCGGUCUCUUAUACAAAAUCGACCUAACAGCCGAUGGGGAUGAUAGUAGUAACAAGGUCAGUGUCAUUGAAGUUGGUGGUGACACUUUGAGGUUUGGUGAUGGGCUUGAGUUGUUGUCUCCUACCAAGAUUGUUGUCGCAGGUAGCCCUUCAGCGAAGUUGGUGGAGAGCUCAGACGGGUGGAGGACGGCUUCAGUGACAGGAUGGUUCAACACCGGUAUGGUUCAUCGGUUAGUCUCGUCAGCUACUGUGAAGGAAGGAAGAGUUUAUCUAAACCACAUUGUUGGGUUUGGCUCUAAGAAGAGACACAUACUUGUUGAAGCUGUGUUUUAGACUCUUUUUUAGUGUAUAAUAAGUCUCUUCCAAUAUGCUUUUUAUUGAAAUCUGAUGUAUAUCAUGUCUUUAUCAAAAUUUCAUAUAAUCUUGUAGUAUUAGUAUUAGAUUAAAAAAAAAAUCAUUAGGAGAUGUUUAACAUCUUUCACAUUACAAAUAUCAACUUGAAUCUUUGUAUUA